AUGGCGAUGGACAUCAGUGUGUAUCGCCGCGAACCUACCGCCGAAGACGUGCUCUUUGCUAAUGCGCAAAUCAAGGAGCACGAGUCUGCCAUCAGCGCCAUCGAGGGGCACAUCGCGUCUCUACACGCCGAAAUCAAUGACCUGCGCCGCGAGCAGCGUCAGCACGAACAAACCAUUCGACACUGCAAAGGCAUAGCAACUCUCGCGCGGCGCAUUCCCGAAGAGCUGCUCAGCAAGAUCUUCGAGCACUGCGUCGAGGAUGGCUACACGCGCGCUCCCAUCAUCGUCUCGCACGUCUGCUCGGCCUGGCGCAAGGCGGCACUCGCCCCCCGCGUCUGGUCGCACGUCUAUGUGAACUGUGACGCAUUCGGUGGUCUUGCCCGCACGCGCUUCUGGCUUUCCAUGGUGCGCCAGGCGCCGUUGGACAUCACCGUGCUGUGUGGGUGGAACCCGAACUGGCAAGUGACGGACCUCAUGGACUUGCUCAUGCAGCACAUUGACCAGUGGAGGACACUCGUCAUCGAGUCGUCGACAUUCUCCCAGGUCUACCGCCUUUUGCUGCCCAUCGUGGAGGCGUCGGCCGCGGUGCCAAACCUACGGGAAGUCAGGGUGGAUAUUGCUGCGCCCUUUGAUGAGCCCGUCAAUGAAGACGAGGCUGACGUGCAGUCUCUUUCCCGAGCGUUUGCGCCGGAAAAGGCACCGCGGCUCUCCCGGGUGCAGUUUCGUUGCGACGUUGUGCCCCUCCUCCCCGUCUUCCCCUCACAUAUCACCGACCUCUCGCUCAGCGUCGGCAAUAGCCCCAUUCAACGGCCGCUUUCCGCAUCCUCGCUCAUGACCAUCCUCUCUGGCGUCCCUUCUCUGUACACGCUUGCGAUUCAAAUGCCACUUCUGUACGAGAGACCCUUUGUGCCCUCAGACGACCCCGCGCGCACGGUCUCGCUCCCGGUGCUGACUUCACUCACCCUCUACGGCCCCACGAAUCUGAAUGAAUUUUUGCCGCAUUUACAUACGCCCGUACUUCAGCGGUUGCAUCUGCGGUCUCUUGAGGACGCAGGAUACCGCCAGGAGCCGGUGGGACCUAGCCUUUUACGUUUCUUGGCCGAGAGCACGCCUCCGCUGGAGCUACUGGAAUUACACGAUAUCGAUCUGACACCUGGGGCUUUCGCUUCAGCGUUCAGGGCACUCCCCUAUUUGCGGGAACUACGUCUACACGAAUCAUCCAUUUCCGAUGCCACCGUGCAGCUAUUGCAUGGCGGGGGGGACGGGGAGGGUCUAUGCCCGCGCCUGACCCGUCUUGACCUGCGAUGGUGCGGCCAUCUGAACGGUCGCGCGCUCGUGGAGCUGGUCCAAAGCCGGAAAGUCGACGUCAAUCCUGAUGCUAUGGUUGUGGACGGCAGCACACCCAACGCUGAUCCGAUCAGCGAGGUCGCCGUGAUCCACUGCUGUUUUGUCAAGGAGCAGGACGUGCUCGACCUCGCGGCGAUGACGGUGUGUCGUCUGAUCAUGCGCGAAGAAGAUGAUUACUGUCGCUCCAUGGACUGUUGCACGAAUGUUCGUUACCGCAUUCGCUUGCGUCUGAAGCAUCUGCCACAUUCGUCUACUGGAUGGGCCUCUCGUUUUCGUCUGAUUAUUUAG